AUGGCUGUCUUCAUUUUAGUAUUGUAUGGUGAUGCAGAUUUGUAUGUCUCACAAUUCACGGAGAAGCCGACAUUUGAACCAGAUACAUAUUGUUUACAAUCGGCCACUUGUGAUUUAGACGUUAUCCACGUGCCUAAAAGUUUUAAGAGGCCACUUUACAUCGGAGUUUACGGACAUCCGUCUCGUGAAUUCAGCAUCUACCAUUUGGAUAUUGUCUUCCGUAAUAGAGACAGUGAUAUUAUUUGUCUAGAGGAGGAAAGUGAUUUUGGAAAUUUUGAAGAUAAUGACAUUGAUGGUCUUGAUGACACUGAUAUGGAAACCUCUGAGGAGGCGCCAACAGUAUUUCCUCUCUUGUUAACAUUUGCUAACUUGCUGGUUGAACUGCUGUUUUUAUGA